AUGGGUCCUAAAACCCUCAACCUAUCGCAAAAAACUUCCGACUUUGAUGAAAAUGCCAACAAAACAGAGACGAAUGAGGAUAUUAAUCGACUGCAGCUUAUAUCCUCGUCAGAUCAUGGCAACCACAUAUUGCCUAUGUCGGAGCAUGAAACCACUGUGUUCUCGAGAGUGUCGCCGGUCAGAGGACAAUGUCUGAUUAUUCAGGGACUUCCCGAAUCCACAGAUGGUGCCUCCAAAGAGCGGGUCUCGGCAGACCUGAAACUCUUCCAAUGCCAACUCAACGAACUUCUGCGCCCCAAUGAGGAAGUUUCGGUUCUCAAGGCCUUUGGGCUUGGAAAGCGCUCAAUCGAUAUAUCAGAGCACUCACGUCCCCGACCACUCAAGAUUGUGUUAGCCAACCAAGAACAAGUAGGACUUAUUCUCUCACGACGUUUCCGAAUCAAAGACACCAACCGCGGCGUUUUUUUCAGCCGGACUACACACCGGCAGAGAGAAUAAAACGUCGACAAUUAGUUCUGGAACUGAGAACAAGGUUGCAGAAUGGCGAGACGGAUCUUGUUAUCUACAACAACCAGAUAGUGCAGCGCCCUCCCCUAAUCCGUUGGAUCGAACCGAUCCGGAUGAGGGCACAGUAGCUUCCUUAAAUGGGAUCACAAGCGGCACCAUAAUCAAACGCCCCAAAACUCUGAAACUAAAAUUUUUUUACACCAACGUGCAGAGUAUAUUGCCCAAGUUAGACGAACUGAAGAUCCACAUCUGUGACCUUUCCCCUGACAUUGUCUCUUUGACAGAAACCUGGCUGUCUGAAAACGUGGAUGACCGCGAAUUAAUGCUACCAGGAUUUCAGUUGUUUCGAAGAGACAGGAGAGAGCGUCAGGGAGGAGGAGUCGUCACGUACGUAAAACACGGCCUGCUUGUGUCAGAAAAAACAGAACAGUUUGCCUGCAGCGCCGAGACUAUCUGGCUCACUAUAAGGGUACCAGGAUCACAUAGCCUUGAAGUUCUGACCGUCUAUCGACCACCGAGGAGUGACCCCGAGGCUGACGCUCGUCUGUUAGAGGAGCUAGGACGAUUUGCUCUCCGGCCUGACGUCCUAAUCAUGGGCGACUUCAAUGCACCGCUCAUUGAUUGGAGUUCACUAUACGCGCGCGGCCCAGAACUAGCUUUCGACCGACGCUUCUUGGACAUGGCACUCAGGUCAUUUCUCACACAGCACGUCCUAUUUCCAACGAGGGUCCGUGAGGGGCAGCAGUCAAACUGCUUGGACCUGAUGCUCACGAAAUCGAUGGACAGCAUAGAUGAGGUACAAUGUCUGCCUCCCUUAGGUCGAAGCGAUCACGUUGUACUUCAAUGGGACUAUUCAAUCUUUUCCGUGCCUGAACAGCCCACCAAAAUUAGAAGAAAUAUUUGGCGUGGGGACUUCGAUCAAAUGAAGGCCGAAAUCAACAAUACGGACUGGGAAUCAGCGUUUUCCGGAAAUAUAGAGGAGGAUUGGAAAUGGUUCAGUGAAUUAUUGCAUGCUCUCCUGACAAACCACUGCCCGCUUUCACGGAAGGGGCUAAACAAACGACCCCGGUGGCUGACCCAGGCGUUAAAAAAGGACAUAAAUAAAAAACGGAGAUUGUGGCAGAAAUCUCUUACUGAUGGGACUCCUGUAUCCAUAAACGCAUACAAAAUACAGAGGAACUUAGUCAAGCGGCUGAUCCUCAGGACACGGCAAAAUUUUGAAAAAGACCUAUUGAAUCGUGCUAUGGAAAAUCCAAAAUUAUUCUACAGCUGCAUAAGAAGCAGCACACGAAACAGAGAUCCAAUCCCCCUCCUGAAGACUACCGGAGACGUAGAGAUUAGUGAGGAUGGAGAAAAAGCUGAGCACUUUUCACAAUUUUUCAAAUCCAUCUUUACUAGUGAAAGUCAAUUUACUCCCCCCGACUACGACUUCGAUGAGGGUCCAAAAAUCGAGUCUGUGUCUUUUGAUGAAGCGACGGUUCGCAAAGAGCUAAUGACGCUAAAUGAGUCGAAAUCACCAGGUCCAGACGACAUACCGCCUAAGUUACUGAAGGAGCUCGCUGCCGAACUAGCCAAACCAUUGUCCAUGCUUUUCCAAGCCUCGUUCGAAGCCGGCGGCUUGCCCGCCGACUGGAAAUUUGCGCGGAUCACACCACUGCAUAAAGGAGGCAGCAAGGCCUCUGCAAACAAUUACAGGCCAAUUAGCCUCACUUCCAUCUGCUGCAAACUCAUGGAGAAAAUAAUCAAGCGAGAGCUGAUGCGCUUCCUAGAGCAGCAUAAUUUAUUAUCUGAUGCGCAGCAUGGGUUUCGUAGUGGCAGGUCUUGCGUGACUAACCUGCUCAACUGUUUGGAACGUUGGACUCGGUCAGUUGAUGAAGGCAAUGCGCUGCAUGUAGUCUAUAUCGACUUUAAAAAGGCAUUUGAUAGUGUCCCACAUCAGCGACUCCUGCACAAACUGAGCCGAACAGGCGUUAGGGGUAACCUCUUAAAAUGGAUUCAAAGCUUCCUGUUAGACCGUUGUCAAACUGUCCAUGUCGGUGGCCAGAAGUCGACGGAGGUUGCCGUUGAAAGCGGUGUUCCCCAAGGCUCAGUUCUUGGCCCUACUUUGUUCAUCAUUUACGUCAACGAUUGCGUGAGUGAACUGGAUUGUGGUGUCGCCAUGUUUGCGGAUGACAUUAAGCUCUGGAGCGUCAUUCGAACUGUAGAUGACGAAGAGCAUCUGCAGGCGAACCUAAAUCGACUCCAACAGUGGUCAAAGGCCUGGCUUCUGCCGUUCAACGAGAAAAAGUGUAAUAUUCUACGAGUCGGCAGAGCUCGCUCUCCGAACCAUAUGGCCUACUGCCUAAAUGGUAGACCACUGCAAGAAGUGGACUCGCAGAAGGACUUGGGAGUAUGGAUUACGACCUCGCUCAAACCCUCGCUGCACUGCACGAAGAUAGCCAAGUCUGCAUUGUCAGUCCUCUACCUUGUCAAGCGGGCUUUCUCUGCCUUUGACGAAGACUGCUUCGCCAAAGUCUUUCGAACUUUUGUGCGUCCGCAACUAGAAUUUGCUAUCCAAGCUUGGAGACCCUGGACCGCGAAGGACCUCAGCAUCCUUGAAAGGGUUCAAAGGCGUGCAACGAAACUUGUGGCAGGACAGGGUUCACUACCAUAUGCAACGCGGUUAGCUAACCUUCAUCUCUUUCCCUUGAGUUACAGGCAGUUACAGGGUGACCUGAUACAAGCCUUCCGUAUCAUACGCGGUCAGGACUGCAGCCUCGUACCGGGUGACUUCUUCGAGUUAGCAACCACCACAAAUCUACGAGGCCAUCCAUUCAAACUACGUGUGACAGGGGCCAGACUGGACACACGAAAGUUCUUCUUCUCCAACAGAGUGGUAGAAGCCUGGAAUGCCCUGCCUGUGGAUGUCGUUAUGUCUGCUUCCGUCGAGGUUUUUAAGAGGAAGCUGGAUUUGUGUAGCAGUGUGCACUAAAUUACCACCCCGAUCUCUGUAACCUCGACAAAUUCCGUUAUUAUAAUACUACUUGCUAUAUUUCAGUAACAUUUUAAAUUGAACUUAUUAUUGUACCAACCCAUCGCCUACGCUUACUGACAUGCACAUAUGCAAAUUUUGUCCCCGGACAUAUUAUUUAUUUCGCUGCACUCGAAACGACAGCUCUACAACUGCUCGUACCACUAAAAUUCGAGACAGUUUGUUUGUCUGUACAGACCUGACGCUUUUCCGAUUAUUUGUUACUUUAUGAUACCUUUUCGAGUUUUUGAGAUUUUGCAGUUGCUUGUAAACAAAUAAGGAGUUCAAAGGUGAAGACCUACAUUUCCCUCAAUAAACUGAUCUGAACUGAACGAUUGUGCCAAAACUGAGGACUUUCUCGCCACUGGUGGUCAACUGGUCGUAUAUGAGCUUAAAAAUAAAUCUCAGUAUCAUGUCUACUUUGAGCGUUUACGUUUUAUGAACCCAGCAUCUGUUCCCCAGCCUUGCCCUAUAAUGCACAAUUUCUAGCCAUUUCGAAUGCAUAUUCAGAUAGUUCUCUGUACCUAAGAAUGUCUCCAAAUUUGCUCACCCAAAUAUUCAAGAUCCGGUGAUUACCAGGACCUAAGCCUGGGACAUUGAUCUCUUAAUGUAAGCCGUUGUUUAAGCCUCAGGCAUGAAAGGAGCGUCUCCUUUGAAGACGAAUAAAAACCCUCAAUAAACGGUUCAUAUCAAGGAGACAUUUAAAAAACGACAGCGUUAGAUCGCUGCUAAACUCCGAAUAAAGGGUCAACAGAAAACUACUGCAAACAAACACGGGUUGUUAGAGCACCUUCAGAGCUCCGUUUGACAACAGAAUACAUUAUAUGCCCCAAGAGGUUUUGUGGGUACAUCCGCUGUAGGAGAAAACACGAGGACAUAAUUGCGUGUCUAACGGAUAGUCACAGAAAGUACAAUUACUGUCUUGGUUUUUCGAUAGUUUUAACGGUGGAGUUCCCUGAAGACAAGUAGGAGUUUUAAAUGGGCUAGGACAAUCGGAAGCUUCGUAUGAAUAAAGGUACUCCCGUCAAUGAAAUCGUUGCCUUCUCCAUCGAAGUGGUAUGAAUCGUCCUCGGUUAGAUUAACCUAGACAACUCUCCUGGAUCCCGUGGGACUCCUGCGUUGAUACCUAAGGAACUAUCGUCGAAGCUGACAAAGCCUCUUCCUACUCUCCUUUAGUUGUCACUGAGAACAGGUAGACUGUCUUCACAGUGAAAGACAAACAACCUCGUUACCUUAUACAAGGAAGAUAGCAGAAUAGCUGCAAGCGGCUUCAGGCCCAUUAGCUGACAUGCCUCUCAAGCCAAAACAAAAAGUGCUAUAAGGCAAUUCUGCGAAGAAAACAGCAUCUUACAGUAUUUCAGUAUGAAUAGGACUCUAGAACGCAUAAUGCCACAUGACACGGGUAACGAACCAGAGGUUCCGACGCGCGUGAUGCGGCGAAAGUUAAUACGCGCAGUCGUGGCUCAUUGCGACCGAAAAUGGGGCGUCCUGGCUCAUUGCGGCCGAAAAUCGGACGUCCUGUCUCAAGCGUGAUAGGGUGGCUUUGCGUUCGCGAUCGCCUUGUAUGCUGGCGCGGGUGACUCAGCUGUUGAAUGACAAGGAAAGCGCCUUAAAAAGGAGCCAUGGACAGGCUGCUGGUGGAGCCAUACUAUGAUCUCCCGGAAUGAGUCGUGGAGGCGACGUCCCUGCAGCUCUUCGAGGAAGUCUAAGACGAUAACUAGGGUCUCCUGUAUUCCCUCGACAGUCCGUAUCUGAGCCAAAUACGCCGCGAACCCCAUAAUUGGUAAAAAAAAACAAUACUUUCUAAAUCAUGGGAGUACAAUUGAAUGGCGACGGCAUUCAUUGUUCAUGUACAGCAGUAUUGAACGAAUGAGCAUGUAAUCAAUAUGGUUUUCAAAGGUGCUGCCUAUUAUACUUAUCAGAAAUGAGAUAAACUGAAAACUAAAAAUGCUUUUUUAGCUUUCCUCACCAUCUUUCAGCUGAGAAACUCCUAACGUGCUUAAACUUAUUGUCGCCGACCAUGAGCGUCGGUACUACGAUAUAACUUAAAGGGACACGGUUUCAAAUAGAUUGACAUGUACAUUUUUUUCCGUACAAUCUGCGCUUAUGAACAUAAGAGAAAAGUUUAUCCCCUACACAAAUCCAGGGAACCUGGGAAGAGUAAAAAAUUAUUAUGCUUGGCGGGUGCCCAAACUGGACAAUGCAGAUGCCACACUGCUAGAUCAAAUAAAAGCUGUCAUUCGAAUAAAGUGAAAAUGUCCAACCUACAAGUUUUGCGACCAUGUGUAUGUUUUACAGCACACAUACCUCGAAAGAAAAGGUGUCGUCUACAAAAUCCCGUGUUCUAGUUGUGAUGCCGUUUAUUGUGGCCAAACUGAGAAAGCUGUCUUAACCCGUAUACAUGAGCAUAAUUUAGCGGUGAAGAGACGCGACCAUCUAUCCCAGGUGGCCAUGCACACACUAGACAUUGGGCAUAACUUCGCAUGGGAGGACACUCGCAUUGUUGGAGCCUGCCAAACAAGAAAAGGCCGCGAAUUCCUGGAGGCAAUGCACUCAGAUGAGGCAUGCAUCAACCGGCAUAUCGAUUUAGAUGCCACAAACAAAAUCGUUAAGGACAGAUUCAAACUGAGUCAGCCAAUCCGGAGAUGACAACCUUAACCAAUCAUGGACUCCUUUUGCUAGAUUCAGUCUAAAAGUUAAUAGUUUUUGCACACCCGUUGUCUGAAGACGAGCUGGGGAACCAGUCUCGACAAUUCAAUAAAAUUUUGCUGUUUCCCAAAGAACUUCACCAUUCUAAUUAUAUUUCUUGGGAUGCCUGUUUUUCAAUUUAUACGUAUACUUAAUUUUUGUACAACUCAAAAUAAACAAAAUCAAAAUAGCAAUUAAAGCCUGAUACACGACUUGGUAUUCCAAAUCGUUUCUUUUUUGGAAAGAAGUCGUUACAUUGUUUCGCACAUUAUUACAGCCCCACCAUCUUAUAUGGUGCAAACGAGUUAACCGCUCAGGCACCAAAUCAACCCACCCUGACUAAUUUCAAAACAGACGCUGUGAGUCGUCACGAAGUUAUGAUAGAAGCAAGAUGGCGGUAGUCCCGUUAACGAACUUACAAUUAUAGAAAUAUUUUGUCGGCCAAGGAUAAGAACGAAUUAGAAACUUUAAUUCAGACAAGCAGCAUGUCAUUGAGGCAUGCCUGGACGAUAAUGUUGAGGUACAAUGCUUAUUUUACUCAUUUUUCACAUUUUUACCAUAUACAAGCAGCCAAGACAGUCCGAUUAACUUUCCUAUUAUUUGUUUGCGAUUAAUUAUUUCACCCCUUCCACUCCCUUAUUUCUGUCAUUUUCGUCGGUUUAUCGCAGGUUUUGUCUACUAACUCAUCGGAAAUUCGACAAUUCAUCUUCCACUCCUCAAAUUAUAAAAUGUAAGAUUAACUGCGGACCUGACUGUGCGUCGCCCAGGUUACGUAACAUUACAGAAUCACAGCGGAUAUCACGAAAAUAUAGUGUUAGAUGCGAACUAAACAAUAAAGAUUAAUUAUGCUAACCUUGACCUUGAAAAUGGCCUUAAAAACCAUGAUUACAGCGUGGUCACUAUUCGUAAUUUCCUUCAAGCGAUAGCACCACUUACGACAACGAGGAAAUUCCCAUGGCUGACCAGCUUAAAAUAAUCAAACAAUAUAUGUGCGAUUUUCGGUACGAGAUUGUCAGUGUUCAACAGAAAAAAGAAAACUGUUUAUGCUAUCUUGUCAAGGAGUCCAAUGAUAAAGACAAGAUGAUGUUUGACAUAUUUUUGACUAACUCAGGUUUUUUAUACAGACUACGAACAGUCAAACUUCAGUGCAUUAAACAUGCCAGUCCCAAACAUAUCGCGUCCACUACAAAUAGACUAAAGGCACUGUCGCAUCUCGUUCAUUCGCAUGUACUCCAACCGCUGAAUUAUUUCAUCGAAAAUGAAACUCUCUUCACUGUAUACGACUAUUGCGAUGUAGGUCACAUUUUGUUCAAGAAAAUAUGUAUUAAAUUCUUUCCUCGGCGUGCCUUCUUGUCGCACAUGCAACAUUGCCAGAAAACGUAUAUGGCGAAUACCACAGUAAUUACAGAUGAUUCAGCAAUACAUAGUAGAAUUCCACAGGAUGGAAGAUAAUCUUCUGUGUCAUUAACCUUCCCUAAAGUCCUCGAACAAAAACAAAUCGUAAUCGGCAGUGUUUUUAAGCCAUUUCCGAUUGUGAAUCUUACCCAAAAAGCUUAAUUUUACCCGUUGGUAUGCGCGUGCGUACGUUGUAGCGGUUCUCUCGGCAGAUUGAUGCAAACUGUCGUUUUUUAUUUUCAAUGAACAUACUAUGGUCACAAGCGCUGUUUUAAGCUUCCUCAGAAAAAUAAAUAAACUUGAAUUUUUGGGAAUAACUCGGGUUUAUUUGCCUAAAUACAAAUCACUAAGUCGUUAAAGGCUAAACUACUAAGAAUAUAUACUUAAUAGUUUAGGCUUCAAGAACUUUGCGAUUUCUAUUUAAGUAAUUAUCAAAGAAUGUGAAUUGACCGAUCUUAUCAAGUACUAGCCGAAAUUCUGGAAGGCGUUUUCAAUUACGAUGGAUUACUUCGGCGGGAUUAUAAUGCUGAUUAUCAUAGAGGAAAACCAUAGAAUACUUCGGACUUCCCACGAUGUCAGCUUUUGAAUCCACUUACUUUCGGCCUGUAAAAACCAUACUCGAUAAUAAAACUGAUCAUUUUAAUAUUCUGCAUUUUUCACAUCUAUCUUCAGUGGCUCUAACCAUCUAAAAUUUUCAUCAUUUUGUUACUUAUUGUGUUACGAAAAGUGCUAACAAACCAUAGACGUGACAACAUGUUACAGGCUAAAUUCAUCUUAGUAUACUAAACCACACUCAAAGAGGUAUUUUUCACGCGGGAGGUUUUUGGAUUUUGUCGAGCUUAAGGCAUUGUUUAGCCGUCGGAUGCACUAGUUCCGCGGCUUGCCACAAAAGGUUUUGUUAUAAUAUAUAAGCAGUUUUAUUAAAUUGCGUUCGUGUUUUUCAGGGUGGCGACCUUUCGACCUUUAUCAGCAACAUGAGGAAGGCAGGUUCCAAAAUAGAAAAGGCGCUGGCCACAAAAUGGAUCAUUCAAUUACUUCUGGGAAUAAACUACAUGCACGAACAGGGUAUCCUUCACGGAAGCUUAGACUCGAGGUACAGAUGAAACGUCUUUUUUGUAGUUAUAUGAAAGAAUAUUCAUCCUCCCGUACCACAGGUGGUCUUGCCGUAAAUUCCAGGACAGAGUAUAUGCCAUAAAUUUAAACCUGGGGUCUAGCGCAAGGUCGCAUGUAACAAGGGCGUUCAGAUUCCCCGUCUUACGUUUCUUUUUUCCAAAAUGAGAUGCACUUAUAAUAAGGACUCAUCUAAAAACUUUUUACCAUAAGUCUUUUUCGCCUGCAUUUUAUAUUCCUAACAUUGUAAAAUUAUUAGGUUAGGCAUAACGUCCGGACGUGCGUUUAUACUAUUUUUAAAUCUUAAACAGUUGCAUCUUUGCCAUCAUUAUGGCAAAAUGCGGGCACCGAUGUCAAAAUCUGGGGAUCAAGUUGUUAUUUCAAUUGACCUCGUGCAUAAUUCAUCCAACUAAAGUAAAUUCCUUAUAAAACUAACUUAGUGAUGAAAAUGUCUCUCAACUUAAUACUCUUAUUUGCCACCUAGGUGCAUCUUAAUAAAAGAUAAAAUGAUUAAAAUCGGAACUUUCGAAGGCGCAUUACAAACCGUUUCCCUGAAGGAUCAUCUCCCAAACCCUCCUUAUUAUUCGAGCCCAGAAGUGCUCCGACAACAGAAGUACACCGAAAAAUCGGACAUUUGGUAAACAUAAAUAUUUUUGAGCAUACACAUCUUACUGACAACUAUGUUAUGAAUAUAUGCACACCUUGAAACCCACAUAAAGUCAUCAGAAGAAGUUAAAACUUGUUCGUCCUUGUUUUUUCCCGCAAGCAAUAAACUCAAUCUACCGACACAAUGACAUUCGGAGCAAGACGAAUUCGAGAGCUCUGAUAUCUUAGGUCUCAUUAUCAUUUUGUUAAAGCCAAAUUAAAUAUGGUUCGGUAUGAUUUAGAUGUAAGUGUUAAGCAUGCGACUUCUGGAGGGGUAAACGUAAUUCGGGCGGUACACAACUACACAUAGGCUUGAUGUGACUUUGUUGGAAAAAACCUGUGUCACUUUUUUUGCAUUAAACGCUGCUUUAUGACAUAAUUUCUUGUUCCUGUCGGAACUUCCCAAAUAUCGUCUUCUUACUUGACAAUCUGCCCCUAAUUUUUAUUCAGACGCCUUUUAAAACAGACGUUUGAACUGUAGCGGAACACUCGACCCUAAGUACUUUAGCUCGCCUCUUCAGUAGUAGUGAGUCAACGCUGUAGCUCCUCAAGUUGACCUGUUGGGUUUGCUGUGCUUUUGUCCACCGGGUUCGACUUCUCCUAUUUAAAGCAGAUUUCAGUAUAAGACGAUGGUUGAGAGAAAAUAACGGCUACAACCACUUUGCACUGCUUACGUCCGCCGGAUUUUGCUUCUCUAUAAGAAUAUAGCCUUUGAUGACAGAUAAGAGUAAAAUAUUUAUACAAAUUGCAUCCUAAAGUUUAAGCACUGUUUAUACAAACGUUUGCAGUAGUAAGGCGAGGCAAGUAAAUAGCGCAAAAUUAGGUUGAUUUUUUACAUUCUAUAACUUACUGAUCAACUUUAUUUUUUUAUGGUGACUUUAACAGGUCCCUGGGCAUAAUCAUGUACGAAAUGUGUACGACGAACAGGGCUUUUGAUGGGCCAAAUGUAAUUGGCCUCAUGUGGAAUAUUCUAGAAGGCCCGUCACCACUUCUAACAGGUGACUGGCCUCAGCAGCUUCAACAACUCUUUGACAAGUGAGUGUCAAUCAAUUUGUUCUUUACGGAAGUCUCGAUUAUUGGCCACUUUUCCUAUCCAUUAAGCGGUGUAGUCUAAAUCAAGAAAGAAGGUAUAAGGGAACCAUUAUUUGCUUACUCGUAGACUGAAAAAUGCGGCCGAAGGUCAGCCGGACUGGCAUUAUUUGGCAAAAUGCCAUGUUUUUAAGAUAGGCGCGAAUAUCGUCAAAUUUAUAAUCUAAUGUGUCACGCUUAAGCUGAAUUGCAUCACUUUAAAGAACAAAGAAACAAAUGAAAACUGCGACGAAAUUUGAAUAACUUCAGAAAGGUUUGCGUACUAUCUUCCUUGAAGAAGGCACGAUCGCUGGGACCAGACGUUUUGGAUUCCUGCUCGAACCAAGUCAUGAGCCCUAACUGAACCUGGACACACCUCACAAGAAUUAGAAUUACCACGUAUUCUUGAACUCCAUCGAAAUAGUCAACAAGUAGGGACCGUCUGCAUUGUUGGCUUGGAUGCUGCGUUCGAAAUCGCUCGCCUUUAAUUUCCCUCGUCGAAUAAUGGAGCUGGAUGGCUUGCUGAUAAAAAUAUUCACUAUGAUUAGGGCUUCCUAUCGUUCUAUCACCGGCCGAGAUCUGCUGCUUAGCAGUCUCUCCUAAGAUUGUGUAUUCUUCCUUGCCUGCUGUAAUUUUGUGUGCCGUUGUCCAUUUUCUUUGACUACGUCACUGUCUGUGGCUUCGGAAUGAGUCCACGAUGAUUCGACGUUUUAUAACCCGUCUGCAGACCUCGACUACGCUGAUGAUAUUAUCCUGCUAGCAUUAAGUUAUAACGAGGUACAUAAUAUGGCAUCGGGGUGAAUGGGUUGGCCAUUAUGAGUGCUGGAAAGAACGGAUCAAUGACUAACAGUCUGGAAAGUGGACUGUUUCAAACAUUUUGCUGCGAAAUCUUUACCAAAUGGAUUGGGUAAGAACAUUGAUCUCGAAAUUUAUGUUUUUCUCUGGGUUUUUGCAAGACCUGGGGAGUGCAUAUGAGUCUUGAAGAUGUCGCUAUCGUUAUUAAGGUCCUCAUGUAAGGGGAAUUAGUCCCGUUAUUCUUCCCAUACAAUUGUAUGUGCUAGUUUGUGCGUGUGUUGGCUUUGAACGUAAACUGGAAGUGUUUUAUCACGGCUACUUGAGAACGAUCCUUCGAGUUAAGUACACCGAUUCCGUAACAAAAGGAAAAGUCCAUACUUACAGCGACAGUUCCUCCAAGAAAGAAGACCGAAGUGGUUUGGGCAGGUUUCCCAAGUUCAGUGCUGCUGGGGACAUCGAAGAAGAUCACAACUCUAAACCCGACCCAACACGGUCUGUUAGGACGUGGAGGAGGUUUUUGAACAUGCGAUAUUCGGUCUCCGUUACCGGGCAAGAGGCUUGGCUGAAAUCUCCAGAGCUACCACUUCGGAAGGUCACACAUGGAAAGGCAAAGUCCGGAAACGAGGGAAACCCGUUUGGGUUUACUAAGACAUCUAAUGUUGGCCUAACUUAAAGAAUUCUAGGUUGACUGCGAAAUACUUACCCUCAGCAGUACUCGAACCAUAAAAAAGUAAAAAAUUGCAGGAUCUUUCUUCACUACUAGAAUUACAAGUAAAUGGAAAUCUUUUUCAUUGAAAAAUGUGCAGAAAACAUAUAAAAAACUCGGACACAAAUCAGUAUUUUUCUCUCUUUUUCUGACCUGCGAAGAAUUUUCGCAAAGAAUCCGCACGACCGACCGUCAGCUGCUCAGCUUUUGCGUUUUCCAUUCAUCAAAGGCCAAACUGAGGUAGGAUUUUAGUCUUUUCGUUCGUUCGUUUGCUAAAAACAUCUCUAAUUUUAGACGGGUGACAUUCUUAUAGAGAGUACAGCUGUCAGUAAAUCCUUGACAGCUGGAGAGUGCAGUUAUGAUUUACAAAUGGAACAUCGAAAAGUGGAUUUAAAUGCUUGCGAUCUCGGGCAAUAAAUACAAAUUCCCCAGUUUACAUUCCUUCAAAUUACUUCUUCGGAUUUCACCAGUAAACCGCGUUUGACGUUGGCCAAUGAUGCAUAGUAAAAAGAUUAGCAGAUUGCUUCCGAACUCACCUAUGUUUCGGCCUGAGAAUAUAAUUCUGAUACUUGAGGUGCACCCAUAGAUUGUUUAUUUUUAAAAUUUAUACCUGGUCUUCUCAUGUAUUCAAAUACGCAUGUUCGGUGAGAUCGUGAACCAUAUCCACCAAUGACGACUUCUUCGUAUACUUACAAAAUUUGUGAGUUGUAAAGAAUACUGUUCAAAAAUUUGGUCUGCAAUAGACCAAGCAAGUCAGCAGAGCUUGUAAGAAGGUACCAGAGCGAUCAUCUGCAAGUGGGGAACAGCAAAUCCGUUUGACACUGCCGUCCACUGGACAUUCCAACCGACAACCCUUGUUCCUGUACGCGGGCGUGCGCGGCACGCGCAGACAGGUCGUCCAUCUUUAUGAGCCACUACGCGUGAUCACGCUCCCGCUCUUCUUGUCUUGACACGAGACAGAGUAGGUGAUGCGGGAGGGAGUACGGUAGAUGCGGCGCAAGCCUGCUAACACUAUGGACGAAUUCGCACGUAAGUCGCUAUCUCUACAACCACUAUGCCGUGGGACAAACAGUAGGUAUCAUCGUUUGCGAUGGUUGAACUGUAGAUGUUAGGGGGGUGGAAGAUAUUCCCCGCAUCCUCUUUCGGGAUUUUUGCCGCCAACCCCAUGGUGUGCUAAAUAGUCAAAGUCCCCUGUACGUACUCCUUGCGGCUUAUUCGUUCCUAUUUUCCUCACCUGUCCCCAGGCAGCCCUACCGACCUGUGACUGUUUUAUUCUUUGCUGCUUUUACCAGAUUCUGCUCAAUCGUCUUGAGUCUAUGGUACAAAAUCCAAAAGCAGUUGCCGAGGCGAUUUCCCGGUAGGUCCUCUGCCUGCCUUACUCACACAGCAUUCUGAAAGCGAAAUGAAGCGGGCAGAAACCGCGCUGAUUAAGCAGUCCGCUUCGGCCGAAAGGGCAACGGACGAGGGCAGUCCAGUAGUGGACAAUCAGAGGUGAGAAGUUCUGGGGGGGGGGGGUAAAAGUGGAGCAGCAGGUGCAGCUGCUUACUUCAAUCAUUUUCGAAACAUUGGCUCUUUCUUUUCCCUAGACAAAUCGCUGACGGCGCAAAGGGAGAGGAGAAGGAGGAGGAGAAGGAGAAGAUCGCUGAACUAGAUAAAGAGCAUGUAAGUCUCAAAAGAAAAAUUCCCCCAGUAUGAACAGGACAGCAAUUUGAGACAACAGACUUAUCCCUGUAGCUUUAGUCGCAGGCAGAUUCUACGUACUACGUCCUUUAAGCGCGACCAGGAAUGAAAUUAGGAGUUGUAUGCCAGUACAGAGAGCAGGCUGAAUGGAGAUGAGGUUGGAGCAAGUUGGCAGCCGGACGAGGGUGCACGCCAGGUGCCAAAAAUGCAAGCGGUCGAGUACCAGUGAGGCAGAUAUCAGCGCGCUUUGAGUGGGGCAUGUCUAAAAUCCGCCUUGAAGUUGCUUGAUUGAUUUGGAUAACUGUGAUUGGCUGAGGGCCAGCCUGCCACUGGUACUCGCGUGUAGGUACGUGCGAGUGGUACAGGGUUGCAGACUCUUGUCUGAAUGAACAUCUCCCUCUGACCCGGCUAAUAUAAAGUGUGUGACCGUGGGCGUUAGUAGCAAUCACGAUAACGCUGAGAAUUACAGGGAUUGGGAUGUUUGGGUAGAGGAGGGUGGAGUGGACGAGAAGGAAAAUAAAGGAUGUGGUGAGAGGGUAUUAACAAGACAACAGAUAAACCACUAGAGCAAGCAGACAAGAAGCAGGGCAGAAGUAAUAAAGAUUAAAAGUUGGAAUUAAAGACACAAGAGACCUAUGAAAAAAAGAAAUAAAAGUGGUUCAAGGACAAGAUAACAAAAAAGUUGAACGGCUGAAUCUGGGGCAAAAUAAGACUGGGAAGGAAUGUGAAAAAGGAAAUUGAUGGAAAGAAUGAGAGGGGGAAUGGCUACCUCUACUACCGUUCCAAAAAAAUUAACAACAAGACCGACUACAUUUUAGGGUUUUUGUAAUCUCAGAACGUCUCUUUUGGAUUUUCAAAGGCGUUGCCUGUAGAAGACCCAAAAAAGAAUCGCUCGGAGGCUUUUUAUUCCUGCUUUUCAAAAAGGGUUGCAGAAAUCUAAGAGCUUUACACAAAGGUAGUUAUAUAGUAAUGAUUAUCUGUGCUUUUGAAGAUCAUUGGCCUACUAUGACCCCUUGAACUGCAAGGUCGGAAACAGAGUGCCGGAUGUGAACCGACCUAGAUCGUGCUAAUUUUCCGUCUAAUAUUCCAAGCAUCAUGCAGCAUGGGGACAGCUGUUACUUGUGGGUAUUUUGAUGACUUCAUACAAUCUUCUGCCUCGAGCUUUUAGGGUACACUACACGACAGCGAAUUAAGGUGCCUCAAAAAUACACUAAAAUGAGUAUAAUAUGGUCAUCGCAGGAGAACAAAAAUUAUAAAUAAUACAUGACGAAAUAGUAAAGAAGACUCGGAUGUUCGUAGUUUGACUCAGGAUAGAUCUGCUUUACGCCUAAUAACCUGGCAGGGAGGACUCUUUCUAAAUCUAAGGUGGCAAUGUUUUUGAGAAAACAAAACGUUUUAUUACGCUUUUCAUGGCCUUUCAUUUAUUUACAUUUUGCUCUUCUUGAGGGCUUCUCUUCGUGAAAUGGGAGAACCUCUCUAAGGAAACCGUCAGCAUAGAUGUUUUGACAGAUUUUGAAUAAUUCAUAUUGACCCAACUGUGAAAAACUCGGCUACCCGGUGAGAUUAAAACCUACGUUGUAAGGGGAAGGCUUUAGUACGGCCAACGCUCUAACCACAUGAGAUACAAGGCCCGCCGACAACAGCUUGAAAUUGUUGAUGAAACCAUUAAUGAUAAAACGUUCCUCGAGUGUAGCCGUGUGUCCGUAAAUAACUCAAGAUUAUAACUGCCUUUACAGCUGACCCCAUUUUAAGCAAGUCCCCUCUGCAAUAUAAACCUUUGAAGUGAUCAGACUAACGCCAGAGAUACCUAUGGGAUUAACAACAGUUCCUUUGCGGUAUUACUUUUAAUGUGACUUGCAUAUUUAUAAUCAUCCAUUCGACUUUUAUUCAUCUAGUUUUUAAUACUUAGACUUCAGUAGUCUCGGGAAACCCUGAGCAGCCGCUUCUACUGCCACAAAGCUUGGGCCUUUUAUUCUUGCAUUAGCGAUGGUUAACACUCGGGGAGGUUUGUGUUGAAAUCAAAAAACAAAAAUUCACCUGGUUUAUUUGAAUGGCUUGUGGGUUUCUUGCUUGCCUUGUUUAAUUUCCGAGGAAACUGAUGCGCGAACUUGGAGCAAAUCUUUCGAAAAAGACCUUUUCAGGCACGGUCCGAAUUUUGAUAUGAAUAUUUGAGUUGAAAUCCAUCAGCUACUGCGGAAUAACCGCGUAAUGUUCACAAACCGCCAACAGGCAGCCAGUAGUAUAUGAUUGUGUAAUCAUUUUGCCGUACUUACAACACAGGUAUUAGCUAAAAGACCAGACACGCGUGUUUCGCCGAUCGUGUGCUGCUGCCUGGCGCAGCUGCGAUGGUUUCUUGUUUGCAUGGUCAAUAGACUUGAAGUUAUGUGUGAUAAGACCAAUACUUACUCGUUGAGACAUCCACUUGAUAUUAUACUUUGGCUAGAUCCUAUUUCAUAGCCAUACCUGUUAGUGGUUAGGGGUCGGGGUUGGGAGUUGGGGUUAGGGAGUAAGGUUAGUGGUAAGGGGUUGGGGUUACGGUUCGAGAUUGGGCUGGUGCUUGUCUACUGCUGUUUCGGCUACGAAAUAAGAUCCGACCUAGACUUUUGCUGUUCUAGAUGAACAAAUUGCAACAGAGAGGCCGCUGGUCCAUAAACUUUUUUCUUCUACAAACCGCUUCCUUUCGCGAACAAAACUUCAGUUUCUGCACACUUCGGUGUACAACAAACGCAAGAAGUGAUUUUCACUACCGUCCGAAGGAAACACAGUGUUAAACUGAGUGGGCAUUUGUUUAAAUUGAAGGACAAUCGUUCUACAUAUAUUUCAUUUUGGCCCUGCCCACUUUCCUACGCCAACCGUAUUCUGCCGGCCGCAUAAAGUUUAGGUGACUAGAGAUGGGCGUGAGCAAAACGGCCUUAAAUCCAAACCCCAAAUAGAGGGUCUUGAAUAUCGCAUCGAAGAGAAAUGAUAAACUGGCCACGUUGGGUAUCAUUUGCUGUAGUGAGUGGGACCAAGUAAUCUAAUCAGUCGGCAACCCUCGAAAUUACAACUUCGUGGCGCUGUCAUAAUUUAAAACGGGAGUUGAUGAUUUAUAGUAAACAUGCUAAACGCCGAAACGACCUCAUUCUCCACUUCUGUGAGCCCAGACGAAGAUGGCUAGAGAUGAGAAUGAGUACAGUGGUCAACCUGCAGCGGGCCACAAUGUAGCAUGUGUCGCAAACAAAUAUUCCCACAUUCGAUGCAUUGCUCGUCACCAACGAUGCCAGCAAACUCUAUCACGGGAUUGGCUCAGGAGUGAUGGGCAGUGUUUCAGUGACGGUUUUCGUGCGUGCUGAUAGGAUAAAAUAGGCUCACACUGCCAGUUCCCCAAAAUUCUAACCACAUCCGAGCUACUGUGCUUAUGCCCAACAGCAGUUUUACUAAACCAGCACUCCCCUCUCCGUUAAACGCUUUCUCUAGGGUAGCAAAACCAAAAUCGACAGGCUUGCGUGUCUUUUGCUUGUUUGGUUGGCUCUUCAGAAAUUAGUUGUGAGAAGGAAAUCACCGAUUAGCCCAUGAGCUUGAAUAAUUCCGUGUUUCUGGGCAUUCUUUCACAAGUGCCUAUAUCAAUGGAUCGUUUUCACCGCUCCUCGUUCCUUUCUCGUCCACCCGGUUCUGGGGAGGAGUUUACGUUGCAGAAUCUUCCCACAUAUGUCAGAUAUCUCCCCCCCCCAUGUAAAAGAACUGGCACACUUUACACCUGUUUGGGGAGUCAAGCUAUUUUCUUCCCAAUCUAGACUCAUUACAGAUUUAUUGCGUCCUAGCUGAUGUUUAGUCGACCUCAUUUUCUUGUGCUUUUGCCUGUCGAGGUCGAUGUUCCUCCCGAGUUCUACCUCCUCCCCAGCCUUCGGAGGCCAGAAGUCAAGUUCUUUGAAGAAAUCAGGCGGAUUACUCAACCUCAGCCGGAACCAUCCAUCAGACAGUUGGAGUACGCGCUGGUCAAGAACUAUGGCCGCAGUUCAGCAUUUGAUGAAGACAUAUUUGAGGAGGACUGCCUGUUCGCCGAUGAAGAUGGUUGGUUCUUCCAUCCGUUAGUUUUCUGUUCGAUAUACAUUCGGUAUGGAAGGCAAAGUCGAUGCUACUCAACAAUCAGAUUUAUUAACAUUCUUUACACAGAUGGGUUCUCCCGUCGCCGGUGUAGAGAGCAUCAUGCCUCAGGGGCAGACGUCAGUGUCUUGAGCUAGGUAUCAGCGUCGACCGUUAAGUUGAUUGGCUGAUUUGCAUAACUGUGAUUGGCCGACUUGCAUAACUGUGAUUGGUCGAAAACCAGACUGCCACUGGUACGCGCGUGCAAUUACGGGAGAGGGGUGGUGUAGCAACAGACGCCUGGAGUAAAGUCCUGCAGACUUCCCGUAUGUAAGGAUCAUGAUGAGCAGCAUCUACGGACUAUUCGUCUGCCGGGUUCGACUUUAGGUUGUUCUUCUUUUAAAAACGCUUUGAAUUGUCCACCGUACCCCCUAAGGGCACAUUCAUAUCUUUUCGAAGUCAUUUACCAAGUUACUGAUGGCUAUGCGCGGUUCGGUGUGCAGUAAAAGGGACUUGCCUGCAAAUAACCAAGACUGCCAUACAAAACGGUUUCAAAGGGGGUUUAAAGCUGAUAGAAUGGAUUCUGUAACCUAAAAAAACUGUGAGGACCAACAGGAGUUGGCACGGCCUGGUAGCGCGAGAGGUGCCGCAGUGUACGCAGCUCACCUACAGCGUCCGAGGCGUCAGGCGCUACUCCUUGCCCUGAAAAUCCGAUCCAGUCUCCUUGCAUGCGGUUGUAUAGUGAUAAACGAUCAACAAAUAAAAAAGUUGCCCAUAAGGACCCAGAAAAUGGAACAGGUUGCAUUGGAUCUGCGUGAGACCUCGGUUACUGUCGUACGGUUACAUGCCGUGGCUCGCGUCAGACAGUAACCCGCGCAGUCAAUGCACCCAAUCCCAUCACUGAUUGUUUACAAGCCCGGGCAAGCAAAUGUACAUAUGGGAGGAAAGAGAGAGCAUGUGUGUAAAAGAGAAUGAACGUGGUGACAGUGUACCAAGUGUUGUGCAAGCACGUUUUUCUAAAAACAAACUCACACACGAGUCCUGGCUGCAUUUCCUUCAGGACUGAAUUGAAUGCAGUCGCUUGCGAUACUCAAACAUGCGGUGAUGGCAACAGCUAGGCCUGAAAUUAUAGUAGAAGUGGUACUACCAACAGUAUCAGUAGUGAAGUAUUAUUAAUUUAAUUAUUGCGAGAUGACAGAUGACCGAAUUUUCUAAUUUCUGUCACUUUGUUGGUAUCAUUGAAAAAUGUUCAAAUUUUCCCAUUUUAGAAGAGGCUUCUGGCGAAGAGGAUAAGAUGCCACCAGAAAAGAGCGCCCCACCACAUCCAAGAGGGCGAGUAUCCUCAGCUGAACGCAGAGCUGCGAAGAAGGAAGCCAUAAAGGCUUUUCUAACUCGAAGAAUCCUCGAAAAGGAAGCGUUGUUGGAAUUUAAUGCUGAACCAAGUGCUACGGAGAGGAUGGAGGACGCGGAAGUUCAGUAUGGUGUCUAUGAAGCGAAGUUCGGGCAACUUACCUUCCAAGACCGUACGUUAAUGUCCAAUGCUCCGGGCGAAACACAUCAGGCAAUGAAUGUUGACGGAAGUUAUGGAACUGAAAAUAAUUCACUUUGACCCAACUGUGCAAAACUAGGUGCCUCGGUGGGAUUCCGAUCCACGACAGUAAGGGGAAGCUUUAGUACAGCCGACGCUCUAACCAUUUGAGCUACGAGGCGACGCGAGUUUAAUCACACUUGGGUCAAGUUUACCCGCCCAACCUACUGCAACGUCUGGUACCAUCAUAUCUGAUACAGUACGCUGACUGCCCAAGCAGGAUCUCCUGAGUAAUUCACCUAGAAUCCACCAGAUGACUGCCAGGCUCACGUAACUCAUAGAUGUUAUGGCAGAUUCCAAAGGCUCUCCUUGCUGUUGUGGGUUCGAAUCCCACCGAGGCACCGGGUUUUUCAUAGUUGGGUCAAAGUGAAUUAUUUGAAAUCUGCUAUACCACCUAUGAAACUGAAAAUCAUAAAGAGCUUAAACAUUUUCGAGUGUUUUCUCCUUAGGCAGGUUGCAGUAUUUGUGGCUGCAGUUCGAACACAGAUGCGGCAUUGAAUAAACCCCUUGUGAUAAGUAUAACCGAGACCCACGGAGGUCAAAAUAAUUCCACAAAUAAAAUUGUUUUCCUCCUUAGGUCUGUGCAGGGCAGAAAGAAAUACACUCCACUUGGCCACUUUAUCUACGUACAAUUCUUUUGUUAUGGCGGUAGGAUAGCUGGCACUUUUAAGUCGGAGCUGGUUGUGAGAGAGGAGACCUCAUGGAAUCCGAGAACGUAUGUCCAGGAGAGGCAUCAACUGCUCUAACUCCGAGUUAUGAACGGCCUACCUGCCGGCUGGGCGAAUAAUCGUUAUAUCCUCCUCUCGACUCUCCACAUCUGAAUUCUUGUUGUUUAACGGGUUGCUCCAACAAAAUCUGUUUCUAGUCGUAAGAAAAACUAAGGAGUCUAGCAAGUCCCUUCCCCAUGCACUUCUGCUUACGUACGAAGCAAAUCUGGCCUUCGAACGCAAUUCGACCUUACAAGGCGUGCAUGCCUACACAUCAUGCUCACAAACACUGUGGCACACUCCAGAGCCUUAAUGACUGAACUCCUUUAUCCAUUCGUCCAUGGCGGGAUAUGAUUUCUGGUCAAGUGUUGUAGCACCAUUUAUAGAAAUAUUAACGGAAGAGCGAUUGAUAGAAAACCAUAUUUUUACUACCUGACAAAUAAGAAAGGGGCAUCAGCACGGAUGCGAGUUAAUAUACGCUCUGACAGUAUUGCGUCCCAUGUAAUACGACCUUUAUAUACCUUAAUUCGGAUUUUUACUUCCGAUUCGUACUCCCUACUUUUACUUUUAUUCCUGCCUACUGAUACUAAAGAACGGCAUCCGGUAAAUACAUGGAGGAUUAUCAGCGCACAGUUGAACGCUCGGAGUUAGACAUAUUUUUCAAAAAAAGUUCAUACCAUUGACCGGUGGUCGCCGCGACAAACACAUUUUUACGCGCAUACGACAUUCUAUCAAUUCACGGACGAGAUUUUGACGUGCUCAGCCAUCACCGCUGGGCAAAUAUGCCCUCCAGUAAUGGACUUAUGUGCAGGGCUCUCAAUGAUUUGUUCCCCUUUCACUGUUUGUCUUUUGUUAUGAAGCCGCGGGCGCAAGUAUCAUGUUCAAUGAUAUGCCCAUCUCACGCAUGGAAAGGCGUCUGCCAGAAAUAGAAAGCUGGAGCAAGCAGAAGCGGACCACCGAAAGUGGCAACAGCGAGACGGAGAAGGAAGACGAAGAUGAGGAGGAGGAGGAGGAUGAUGAUGGUGGUGAUGGCGAAUACAACUCUGUUGGUACCGUAGAAGGUCAGAAGAAGAGGCCUGGUCAUGCGCUGUCGGCAGCCGAGAAGGAACUCGUCUCCCUGAAACUCGACCUGACGAGGUUACAGGAUACAUCACUAAUCGGUGAGUCGGAAGCUUUUGAGCAAAGCAGGCCCUGUAGUCCCCUUGCACAUGCUGGAAAAGUAGAGCCCAUGAGACUGGAGUGGCUAUUCUUUGAUCGCAUUUUCACCGUGUUUGCCGCCGGGCUUGCAAGAAGGUUUGAUUUGCUCCAGCCAACAGUCUGUCCGCGAUGUUCGAAUAGAACCUAAAUUACGUUCAUUGGGGGGAGGGGAGGGGAGGAGGAGGAGGAGGCGGCGGCGGCGGCGGCGUAGUAGUAUAUUAAAUGUGGAAUAAGACCUGAACAGUAUCGGUCGGAUCUGUUGCAUCAGCUUAAGCUAUCGACAGGACGUAACCGUUACGACUUUCAGACCCGAUCACGAAUGGAAAGAGGCGUUAGGCGCCAGUUGGGAGGAUGCUGUAUUCUGUAUAGAAAAAUUGGAGAACCGAUUGGAAAUGGUUGGCAGCCGGACAAGAGAACAUCGGCGCCGUGAGAGCCGUGUCCCAAAUGCCAGUGGGGAGUGUGUCAUGGCGCCUUCAGCUAGAGCACUCUUGGGUCGGCCUUGAAGAUGAUUGGGCAGUUUGAACAGCCGUGAUUGGCUGAGAAUCAGACUGUCACUGGUGCGCAUGUGUGAGUACUCACGAGAGACGCAGCCUCGCAACAGGCGGCCGGAGUAGGUUCACUAGAAAUCCAGCCUUUAGCUUGUUCCGAAGGUGGGAUUCCAAUGUGAUGACCGGAGAUUGGGCAUUUCUCCUCCUCCGUCCUUGUGCGCUAAACACAUGAUCAAUCCGCCGACACGUGCUAGACCUCAUAUAGGCAGACAUAAUGUCUGGAAGUCUUGAUAGUAAGGUUAUGAUACUUGGGACAUCCUAACGGUUUAGACGUGCGUUAACUGGGCUGUAGUGAGAGAUCGUGACAUGGAUAGUUGCCCCUGACUUAAGCAGACCCCUCAUGCGCUGGUGCCUUAAUUGACACUGAUCAAAAUUUACUCGGUUACCUGUGCUAAGUCAGAGAACUGUACUCAAUUAAUCUCAGGAAAUAGGUGUGGUUAAUCACAUAGAGUGGUCUAGGAACGCUAUUCUGGGGACAUUAACUUGAACGUCGCACACCGACCACAUUAAGUUCCUGCUACUUUCGAUGUUUGACGUUGGAGAUUACAAGAAAACGGCCAUCUUGUUAGUCCACAAAACCACCAAACAAGCAACAAAGGAGGCGGACCCAUAAUGACUGAAACGGUUAUGGAUUCGCGUUCAGUCGUGCUCCACUCGGUCAACAGUUGCAACACAUGAAAACUCUUUAAUCUACCUCUGAGUAUAUUUUACUGUUUCCAAAAACCUUUGAUCUCCUUGGACUUUUUCAGACGAGGCGGAGCCCGUGGACCAAGAGAGCGAACCAGCAGAGACAACUCCUACCUGCGAGCAGUCUAUAGCACAGCUACAAAGGUAAUGUUUUUACGUUUCUGAGUGCUUUUUUAGUUUGUUACGGCACCAACAUCAAUUAAACGUCCUCUGGCUAUUCACACAAGUCAUUGGCCAUGUUUUGCGAUAGUAAGCUUGGAGAUGGGACCAAAGUCAACCCCCAGACCCCAGUGUUUCCCCCGAACGCAGCAACCCCUAAAACGACCUCAACGUCAUUGUUGAAUAGUGUUCACAAUGCCUACAAUAACGGUACCAACAGAACCAACUCCUAACACUGUCACUCUAUUUUGAAGCGCACUCCUCUAAAUUUCGUGAUUCCUGCUAGUCCCUGAAUCCUUUAAGUACUCAAUCAUGCCCGUAUGACCAAACGUCAGCAUGAUUAAACUCUGAAUCAUCUCCAGGGCAGUAAAGACCCAUUAUAUCGCCGUAUAAAGCUGCCACGCUUUCUUUUUCUUUGGGUUUGUGGCGUGCGCUGCAGCCAGCCGAAUAAAUAAUAAUAAUAGCCUUCUUUGAAAUGCAUCAUUUUCGGGAUGGAUGGCCAAACGUUGGCUGAACGCACGUGUGGGGAAAAUACAUGUCGAAUGUAUCGUUUCAGAGGUAGAUGACUGCAAAUUCAGAGAUCUGCCCAAAGAAAGUACAGUAGGUGUGUUAACUCACGAAAUGUUAACCGAAAUUCUGAAAUGCGUUUUCGUUUCGAAAAGAUUACUUAAGUAGGGUUGUGAAGUUAAUCAUUAUGCAGAAUAAUUCUAUAGUAAUUCACUUACCUCGAGAUGCCGGCUUUUAAACGAACUGCUCUCUGGCCGCAUACAAAAACCAAACUCUGCAAAAAUGACUACUUAAGUAGCAUGCCUUUUUAUUACUGAUUUUCCAUGUCCUCGGAAAUUCGAUUGUAUUUCAUGGAAAACAUGCAUAAAAAUAUUCAUUCUUCUACUUAUUUGGUAGAAAAUUACGUCUUCUUCGAAUUUUAUGCUCGAGAGAAGGGUAAAAUUCGGUUUUCAAAGGCCUUUUCAAAUUCCUAAAUAAUUUUGAACCCAACCUGCCGUUACACUUGUAUUCAAGGUUUCCAAAGAACAAUUCGUAUAUUUUCCGUGUGCAGAAAGCCAUAUAUUUCUCCUUAAAAUUAAGAGGAGACCAUGUAGGGUUCAUGAAAUUUAGCAGUGGAUUUCAGCCAUGUUGUAAACUGUACAGGCCACAUUAGCAAGUGCAGACACGAUGUUUUAUGAACGGGCACUUCACGGUAUUAAAAAAUCUCACAAUUAGAAACUUUUUAACACCGAAUUAUACCCCUCCUUCAAGUAAAAAAAUUGAAGGAGACUUAAUUUUCUGCCAAAUGAAUGGAAGAAUAUUUUUGUGCAUGUUUCCUAGGGAAUAAAAUUGAAUUUUCAACGGCAUCGAAAAUCACUAAGAAAAAUUCAUGCUACUUAAGCAAUUAUUUUUGCAGAGUUUGGUUUAUGUAUGCGGCCGGAAAGAAGUUCGUUCGAAAACCGGCAUCUCGAGGUGACUGAAUUAUUAUAGAAUUAUUCUGCAUUAUGAUUAACUUUACAACCCUACUUAAGUAGUCUUUUUGAAACGAAAACGCAUUUCAUGAGUUAACACCCCUACUGUAAGCAACAGCCAUGCAUUAUCCUGGUGUUUCAAAAGCAGACAAAUUCCGUCGUUGAAGGGGAGUGUGGUACAGUGCCCCAAAGUACUUUUACACAUUUUGGGGUUGCUCUACCUUCGCAAUGAGAGCGGCAGGGAGAAAGAGGCGGGUAGGAUUUUCUCAAUCAUCAUGCCGCCGGAUAGGAGGACGGUGUUUUGACCUUGGUGGCCAUCGUCCGCAUGCGCACAGGGAGUGUGGAUGGCGGGGGAUGGGAAGUAGUGUGACGGGGUGUCCUUAGUCUAUGUGCCUCUCGUCAGGGUCGGCGUCCGAACGCUGGCAGCCGUCGUCAGUAUCUGCACUGACACUAGCUGUCUGGCAGUCUUGUUUACACUCCUACGACUGUCUGUUUUCUCGUCUGUCGGAUUGGUGGAUGAUGUGACCGCGUCUUCGUAGGACCGGGGUUGCGAUGCGGCAGCGUGCGUGUCCACCAUGGUCUCAGCCGUCUCCUUCACCUUGGACUAGGCCACGAACGCCUGUAACGGCCCAAAGGAAUGCGACUCGGCGAAGAUGGCGCAGUGCUAUCAUUCGACAUCACCCUUCUCUUCAAAUCGAUCCCGCAAAACCUUACACUCGAAACUUCCAGCAAGCUGCUCAAAAGACGGUGAGACAAGACGGUGAAUAUUGAGGAUUUUACACCUCCCCGACACAGUGAAGCAUAACCAGUACCCUCAACACCCCCUAACUUCCGGCACCUAACUUAACACGCUAUUAACCCCCUCACAUGGACGUCUGUUCUGUCGAUGUAACCUCGAUGUUCCCAAGCGCUCUAGUGCGAUUAUCUCACGUCUCACUAUUCAUUUCGCCUGACGAUGAGUUGGUGAAACCAGCUUGAAAAUUCACGAGUACAACUCCGUUUUCCGAUGAGCCUUCUCCUUUCAGUAUAUCGUCUCGGAAUGCAUACUACCUCCGUUGUGUUAAUGACCCAUCUGGUAGACCGCAGUGGUGGACCAGCUGCGCCACGUGUGCAAACGCAUGUUUGUGUUUCCGGUCUCAGUUUUUGAUCAGGGUUAUGAUUGGUUGAAUGAAGGCAAACAAGCCAGAAACAGUUCAGGAUCAAUCUACCCCAAACCUCUGUCGUCUCCCCUCUGCUCUUAUUAGCAUGGACGACUUCGGCUCGGUAGGUGGUUCCCUGUUCGUGGCCCUCAUCGCCCAUACGGAGCUUGUCCGUUUCGGGAAGCCAAUGAAUCGGUGUUUGCCCAUUCCAGAAUGGACAUAUACGUAUAUAUAUGGAUACAGGCGAAAAUGCUGACCCCAGGUGUUGAGAUGGAAGGAGAAGGUAAAGAGAUCUCUGGGGAGGAUGGUUUACUCAGCUGACGUUUCACACUCACACUUGAGCGUAUCAUCAGAGAUGGACAAAAAUGAAAAUGGAUGGCUUAUGCAGGUCUUUCUUACUCACUACUGAUAGGUCCAUCGUUCUCUCUUCUCACUGGCCCUCCUUUCCUGCCUAAGUGGUGUCUGAAGGCCUCGUAUGACGCCGGUAGGUCGAUCCUACGGUUGAUGUAGUUGUUGUUGGAUUGCCAGGCUUCGAUUAUCUCUCUCGCCACUUUGCUUUCAGCUCAGCUGAUUACUUCUGCCUUGCCAAAACCUAAUUAAUGACUAUUUUCGAGGCCAUGCAUAGUAACAUGCGAUCGCGCAUCUUUUCGCUUUACAGCUAGAGAAUGCUCAUGCAUGUGCGACCUUAAUCGUUUGUCAGUCAUGCCACGGUAGUUGACCGGACAGUCUAGACAAUUGACGCGGUAAACAAUUCCUGACGUGUCCUAAGGUGAUAGCUGCCCCUUGGGCUACAUGAUCAAGCAGCGGAUUGUGACCUCUGGCCUGUAUCCAAGACCCACGUUGAAUUGUCUGAGCAUGCGUUCAGUGGCUUCGGAAACGUCACUCAGGUAGGGUAAAUCACGGAAGAUUUCAGGUUUUUGUUCACCGUCGGUCUUCGUGUGCCUUUGAUACAGGCAUUUGUUUAGGAAAGUACGUGGGUACCCAUUGCAGAGAAAGAGACGCCAUAGGGAUUUACGCUCUCGCAGCUUUUCAGCCCCUGCGCUGUAGUUUGUUGAUGCGUAGGAAGAGUGUCUGGAAAGGAAGGCCAAUGAGAAGAGAGGACGAGGGACCUAUUAGUAGUGGAUAAGAAAGGCCUACUUAAGUAAUGUAUUUCCACGUUUUUUCUAUCUCCCAUGAUGUGCUCAAGUAUGAAGGUGAAACGACAGAUGAAUACACCAUCCUUGCCAGAGAUCUCUUUGCCUUCUCCUUCCACAUAAGUAUGUCUAUAAAUUUCGUCGGUAACGCUAUUCUGCCUAUAUAUGAACUAUGAUAGAGAGCGCUCAGCGAUCGCGUUUCGGAAAAUCCUUGUUCCGUUGUCAAUCUGGGCUCGAUCUAGAGCCCCGCAAGCAGCCGCUCAGCAACUGGUAGUGUAGGCUGAACGACUAGACCGAAAAGGACCAUGAAGACUGGAGUAGCCAUUUCUGACGUAUUACCCGUGAUCAGCCAGUCAUACCCAAUCCCGGGUUUGCAGAUCCUGAGGCUCGGACUUGUUUUCUACUUGUUAUAAGUUCGACGCUCUAAUUAUCACUAUCUAGCUAUCUUACUAAUCACUUUGCGGCUGUUGACGGCACUCAAUAUUGAGACCUAAGGCACCACGGGAGGAAUGUCCGGUAACGCGAUAGGUGGCUGCCAUCAACCAUACUUAAUAUACCCGACCUCAACCGACAGGACAAUGGGCCCUUUGCUCAAUGGUUAGAUCGCUGGAUUUACAAACGCCUAAUAACCAAAAUAACGCGGAUUCGAGGCUUAGGUGCUCCCAGCUGUAGGGUUGGACAGGACUGGCGGACAGCGAAUAAGCCAGACAUGGCCAACUUUGACAUCGAAAAUAGCACGGCGAAAACGAAUACUUACCAUCCUCGCUUACAACGGCUACCAGAGCAUAAGUUAGUUUCCAGCACUUUUCAGAGCGACUGCGACGUCAUCUCGUUGUCUGAGAUACCGCCAUGGUAUAUGUGGCGAAAUUUAUCGAUACCUUGCCCCUUAAUGCUCCUGUGACUUAGUUAUGGCACCCCGUAGACCAACAGCAACGUCAACGUUUACAUUGUUAAGGAACGUCCUCCCGACUCAAGGAGAUGAGAAGAGUGCCAUUCGCACACUAACCAUCCGUUUACUGGCAGAGGUCUGCGGGCGUUUUAGUAUGCGUCAAGAUUCCGAGGGAAAAAGUUGCGUAUGGUGGAGAUUUAAGGGUUUCCGUAAAUCUGGAUUCCCCUAUCUUCAACACGACCCUAGAACAGUGGUCUACACUGCACGACGACGGCAACGAUAACUUAUUCAAUGGCCGUCCACGCAUACCAUUUGGCAGUGUCACCAUAGAACGCUGAGGUAUUUUUCGAGGUAUUCAGUUUUCCUAAUCUCAAUUGUGCCCGUCCUCUCCCCACUUCCGUUUCUGUUCCGCGACAGUUUAUGCACAAGAGUUAAGUUCUCUAACUUCGCAGUCAACCUUCCAUAGACACAUCGGAUGACAAUCAUUUAGCUUAACAGACAGUCUCCACUCUCCAAGGACGCCCUGUGUUCCCGGCGGAACAGAAUAAGUGUUCUGUUGGACCCCACGCGUUCCGAUCUAGAGCCAAUGCAGGUGUUUCCGUAGCGACAGGAGUCCAACUGAUGAAGGCGUUCUAGUCAUAGUGGAAACUAAAUGCAGCAAACUGUUCCUCAUCCCUGAUGUGUUAUUGGAGAUAGGCGAACGUAUAAAACAGAGAAAAGACUGUUCACAGCAGACUGCCCUUCAGCAGGAACCGCUCCCCCGAGCGGUCUGCUUUUGGUGUAGGUGAUAUUCUGAAAUUAACAUGCCUGACCUAUCAAUGACUGUAUCACACGACUUUUUCACUACGGUUGCAGAAACAGGGUACAGUUAGGGGAAAUAGGGCUGGUGGAGAAAAGUCCCCAAACACUUUUGUCCCAAUCCCCUUUCAGUGCUCCCAAAAUCGUUAAUUUACUGGCUAUUCAGUUUGGGAAGAUAUGGUUAAACAUAACUGGUGCGCAUAUUCGUACACAAAUCAUGGCAUGCUUGCAGAAGUCGCCACUUCACUUUCCUUUUUGUCGAUCUGUAGGAAGUGCAUAGACAACCUGGGUGUGAAAAAGGUGGAUCAGGCUCGGGCCUAUCUUCGCAAGCGUCGGAUCGAGGAGGGCGGCAAGGCAGGAGAAAUGGCCAUUCUAUCCGGACUACGGGAGAUUUGUCCGGAUCCCAAGCUUGGGUUUCUCCUAGAAUAUUUGUCCUUCCUCGAACAUGUAAAGGCCACCUCAUAG